AUGUCCUGCUCCAGCCUGUGUGUCCCCAGCUGCGGGGUGGCCACCCCGGCCCCUCUGGCUGACACCUGCAACGAGCCCUGCGUGCGGCAGUGCCCCGACUCCACGGUGGUCAUCCAGCCCCCGGCCUCGGUGGUCACCUUCCCCGGGCCCAUCCUCAGCUCCUUCCCGCAGCAGAGCGCCGUGGGCUCGGCCGGAGCUCCCUACGUGGGAGCCGGCUCCGGGGGCGCCUUUGGAAGCCGUGCGGGCUACGGGGCCCUUGGGGGCUAUGGAGGUUAUGGAGGCUGGGGCUAUGGAAGCCGUGGUGGCUACGGGGGUUGGGGCUAUGGAGGCCGUGGGGGCUACGGGGGCUGGGGUUGUGGAGGCUGGGGCUAUGGAGGCCUUGGGGGCUAUGGGGGCUAUGGGAGCUGUGGCUACGGCGGCUGGAGCAGUGGCCACCGCUACCUGAAUGGCAACUGCUGGCCCUGCUAAGCCCCAGCCCCAGUGCUGCCUCAGAACAAGAAGUGCUCCAGGAGAAACCCCGGCACAUCCCGACCCGACGCUCUGUGGACCAAAACCCCUUGGGCAUGGCCGGGCUCCGCACCUCGGCAGCCUCGUGCCAGCUUGGGAACCAGCUCUGCCUUGUCCCUGCCCUUCCUGAGCAUCCCUGCGGGGCUCCUGGUGCCCCGGUGCUAAAGACUGGCCCAGGGCUGCUGCUCCUGCUCGCCCGGCUGUGCCCAGGGCCAGGCCACGGCAAGCCCUUGGCCAUGGCCCUGCUCCUCUGCCCAGCCCCU